UCGAGCGACCGGCUCAGUGUGACAGCAGCAGCAGUAGCAGCAGCAGCAGUUAUAGCAGCAGCAGCAGCCAUGCCGCCCCUAGCUCCUAGUACUCUAGUGACGACUCUAGAGGAAUCCGUAAUCGUGCCCACCAUGAGAAUCAAAUGUGUUGCAGCCAUGGAUCAGGUGGACCCUAAUUUCCGGGUGCAGACCGGUCCCCUUUCCGAAGAGAGCCGGAGGUUUGCGGAGGUCCAGCUCCGGGAGACCCCAGAAAGGGUACAGGAGGCCCUGGUCAAGCUCAGGAGGUUGGUCAGAGAGAGUGACAAGCUGCACUUCAGAGACGAUGACGAUAUUCUAAUGAUCUUCCUGAGGCCAACAAAGUUUUACCCAGAGAGCGCUCUUGCUCUGAUGAGGCGGGUUGCGGAGUUCAAGCUGAAGAAUUCGACGGUCCUUGAGAACCUGAAUGCGGAAGCAGAGAGGCAAGCCCUUGUUGGCUCCAGGGUAGUUAACGUUCUCGUCGACAGAGAUCAGCACGGUCGCCGCAUUCUAGUGGCGAAUGUUGGAGGAGCUUGGGACACAACGCUGAUCAGUUCUGACAACCUGUUCCGGCUUUUCUACAUGAUUCACCUGGCUGCCAUCCUGGAGCCUGAGACACAGGUCAGGGGGGUUGUCGUGAUCCUGGACUUUGAGAACUUAGGCAUGAAACAAAUAGCCGCCAUGAGCCCAUCCUUCUCCGCCAACCUUCUCAACUUCAUACAGGAUGCUAUGCCAUUACGGCUCAAAGAGGUUCACAUAGUGAAGGAGCCCUUCCUCUUCAAGAUAGUCUGGAGCAUCUUCAAGCCCUUGGUCAGGGAGAAGUUAAGAAAUAGGCUGUGGAUGCACGGAUCCAAGAUGGUUUCUCUGCACAAGCACCUGGACCCCAACUACCUGCCCAGAGACUACGGCGGCAAGAGACCCCAGAUAGACUACUCCAGCGCCAACUGGUACCCCACACUCGCCGCCAUCGACCCGCAUCUCAGAGAGUGGAAUUCGUUUGGGAUCAAGAAAGCUUAGCAUUACUUUUCAUCUCCGGAGCAAUCCUUACAAGUAUAGUCUUAUAUACAUUUUCUGGAAUAAAAUAUGUAUAAAAAGACAUAAACUAAACAAAAAUCCCUGUAAAUAAACUAAAACUAGUUACUAACAGCGAGUUCAUGUCGCAUUCGUUAGUAGGUUAGUUGGGAUAAACUCCUUGCAUUUAAGUUAUGUUUACUUUUGUUACCACGUAGUUUUAGCAUUUGUUUAUAAGGUUUUGUAAGCAUUAAUGUAGCAUACGUAUUAGCGGUAAAGCACAGUCUAAGUUGCUGGUUAUAAAUAUAGUUUAGUAUAAGGCUAUCAUGUAUUUUAUUGUGUUUUUGGUACAUUCCGAUUGUCAAUGCCAAAAGGUAAUGCUUAUUCGAGCAAUUCAUAAUUUGUUCUAAAAUUGAAUAUAUUAUGAGAACAUUUCUAUGUAAAAAAUAUUGUUUGACUACGCCAUAAAUACAGAACACAAAAAUAAUUAUUUGCUAUUGGAGUAUAACUCUACUUUUGUUUUUCAGCUCUAAAGACAACACUUUUCGUUUGAAAUAUAACGAAGUUACUGUUAUCAACAAAGAUACAAAACUAGUAUUUUAUGUAACAUAAGUUUGCUUAGCUCUAGCAUUAAUACUUCCAAGAUACUCAAACUGUUUAAUGUGUUACAGUUUUAGAGGCCGAGAGCCAGUUUGCACUUAACAAGCACGCAAACUGGGUUUUCAUGAAAUCUGUAGAGGAAUUUCUCUUAAGAGUGAAAUCGAUCGACAGCCACGCUAGUUUAGGUGGAAGUCAAAAUUGGGGGUAUCGUAAGGGUUGAAAAAUAUUAAACGACAUUUUUAGCUCAAAUUAUAUUAUUUCUAGCUUAAUAUUCUGAAAAUAUACCGUCAGAUACAUACCUGAUUCAGUUAUGUCACCGUCAAACAAAGAGACAAAGUGGCCAGUUUUUAAGUAUCUAUAUGGUUGUAAAAAAGUACAACACAACGUUUCGAGGAUUGAAAUCCAUCCUCUUCGUCAGGUAGGGAAGUUAUUAAUAUCUCCCCACUUGACGAAGAGGACAGAUUCCACUCCUCGAAACUUUGUGUUAUACCUUUUUAUAACCUGUAACGAUGGCAAAUGUCCCAAAUCCUGUUAUCCUUCCAAACCUUCCAUUGUCAAUAACAAACUUUAAACAAAAAAAGUAUGUACAUUGGUAGCUGAUGUUGAUUUGACAAUUAUUUACGCGUCUGACGAUUUGUUUUAAGCAUGCCAAGUCAAGAAAAAUGUGAUUGGAGAUAAAAGUUAUAAUUUCCUAUAUUUUAGUACUUUUGGUAAUCUUGUGUUGUAAAUUCAACAAGUCUAGAGAGGUUAACGAUCGAUUUCUUUCUUACGAAAAAUUCCUCUCUAGAUUUCCAGGAAAACCAGGUUGUGUGUUUAUUAAGUGCCAAUUGGCUCUGGGAUCCUAGACUAUUAGGAGAUAAGGAUAACUUUUAGGAAACUGAGAUAUAUCAAGGAAUCAGAAAUGUGAAUCACAUGUCUAUAGCAAUAACGUAUCCUGCAAUAUUGUUAAUCACACAUAUGAAUUUGGAAUCAGUCAUUUAUCUACACGGAAGUGGUGUAUUAAUACUGAAAUAGGAAAAUUAAUAUUUACUCUUACCAUGUAAAUACUAAAAUUAAUUUUGUAUUUUAUUUUUACUAUCUCCGCUUGUUACAAUAUAUUUAUAAUAAAAUACCAAACCCUUAAGUAAUUUCUGAUGAGAUAAGUAGGUUAUAGUAGGUAUAAACUACAAUGUCUUGAUAUUGAUAAGAUUUGUAACUACACGAAUUAUGCUUGUGAUACUAAGAUAUUAUUACUAUCUUAUAUUUUUUAUAUUGUGUACGCUAAAAUAAAUUAUGAAAAUAU